UUCACAACCAUCUAAAGUGCAGCAGUGCGCCGCUUACUCCACAAUCCCCGGAGUGCCUCUGACCGCCCAAUAGUGACCAACUCUCGAGGUGAGCGCCCCGGAGAGCCUUUGAUAGCCCCGAAGUGACCCGGAGACCUCCUGACAGCGCUGGAGUGAGCGCCCCGGAGUCCCCACUAACAGCCCUGGAGUGGGCACCCCGGAGUGCCUCCUGAUAGCCCCCGAGGUGCCUCUGCCCGCCCCGGAGUGAGCGCCCCAGAGUGCACCCCCAUUAAGCCCCGGAGAGCUUCUGACCGCCUCGGAGUGCCUGCCGGAGAGCCCUUCUGCGCUCGUCUCUGCAGCAAACGGUAAAACGGAGAGGAUGCGAGCGAGGUCCACGGCGCUCGGGAUCCUUUACGGAUGGACGGUUUGGGUCGCGAGCUGCCGCGGUGCGCGCGUGGUGAGCGGUCAGACUGUGUGUCAUGGCGGCCCUGAGACGCCGUGCUAUAAAAUCGCAUACUUCAGCGAUGUUUCGAGCCGCGUGGCCUUCUGGGAAGCUCAGCAAGUGUGUGAGGUGGAUGGAGGCUCGCUCCUGAGCGUGGAGAACGUCGCUGAACAACACCACAUCGAACAGCUUCUACAAAAUCUCAGCAGGACCAGUUCAGGUCCUGGUAUCGCCGAUGGAGAUUUCUGGAUUGGUCUGACUCGUGUGGAUGGUAGGAGUCCAGAGGAAUACGCCAGCUACAGUUCCUGUCCAGAUCUCUACCGAUGGACAGACGGGAGUGUAUCACAAUUCAGGAACUGGUAUUUUGACGAGCCAUCCUGCGGAGGUGAGGCGUGUGUGGUGAUGUAUCAUCAGCCCACAGCUCAGGCUGGUUUAGGAGGUCCAUACCUUUAUCAGUGGAAUGACGACAGGUGCAACAUGAAGCACAAUUUCAUCUGCAAGUACGAGCCAGAGAGCCACUUGGUGAAGGAGCACGGAGACAGACCUGCGAAUCACGAUGCAGAACGAGAAGAAGAGACGAAAACUCCCGAUGUUUAUGAGGAGGAACGCUUUUACGUCACCGUGGCAGGACACACAAGUAUGCUGCUGAUUUACGUGAUCAUCCCGACCAUUCCUCUGCUCCUGCUCAUCCUCGUGGCCUCGGGGACCUGCUGCUUUCAGAUGUUAAGCAAGAGAAAACCACGGACGAAGACGAGUGUGGACCACUCGACACUCUGGAUUUCCAAGACGCCAAAAUCCGACAGCGCAAAUGAAGUGUAAAAGAAAACCCCUUACUUGGUUUACGCGAAAUACUACGUCGUCUAUGUCCCUGUACUGCACCAUCUUCUAACGAAAACCUUAGUGUUAGCGUCGUGGUACACUUGACUCCUGUGAUAAAUUUCUAUGACAGCUUUUGCUGCUGAAAAGAAUCUCACCAAUUAUUUCAUUAAUCUAGGUUUCCUCUUUAGCUAACAAGCCGAAUCCGUAAUCAUGCCUUCAUUCCCGCGUAUCCGUUCUCAUCCUGCUCUCCGUUUCCUUCCCUACCUCGGAGAGAGCCAUCAGAAAGUGCAGUCAUUUGCAGAAGGAAGUCUUCAGAUAAUUGGCAGCAAACACAGACAGCAAUUAAAUUACUGUAAUUAAGACGAGUGAAAGCCGUUACAGGAUCCAUGUAAAGAGAUUAGCAUAAAGUGGCGGCUAAAACAAAAUAGAGUCGUGCCAGUUCAAGAAUUUCAUCUGCGCCCGAAAAAAAAAAAAGAUUAAAACAGCUUAUAUAUUAACAUUUAUUAUUUUUUAUUUCAUUUUCAAGUCCAAGAUCAACUAUAAAUAUCAACUCCCAAGUCUGGCAUUUUGAAUUGUAUGGUUUCAAUAUGAAACAAUAUGAAUGAAUGAAAUGAGACAAGUUUGCUGUUACAGGAAAAUAACCAUGAUUAGAUCAAAUGAAAAAAAAAUCAUUAUUUACAAUAACAGCAUGUCCCAAAGAGUUUCACUCCACAGCAGUUUGCCAGCGAUGUCAACUUUUUACAUUUAUUUAAAAAAACAGUAGGUUGUAUACUAUUUAUCCACUUAUUGUUACAUUUACCAUUCGAGUUAUCACACGUUAGCUACACGUAACAUUAUAGCAGCUAUAAACGUCCUUUUCUCAGCAUUCUCUCUGUGCAGCCAGAUAACUGAAAAGCGUAAACUAUUUAUUAUCAUCAAGCCUUUUUCCUGUGGUGGAAAUCUGACUGGACUGUGGAGCUUGUUAUUGCCAAUAACAAACACCAGUGGCACGUGUACAUUUUCAAAGAGUCAGCACUUUAUGCUGUGCCUUCUAGCAAUGUCUUUGUCUGCUAGCUUUCAUUAGCAAGAUUAGCAUGGAGUCAAAGAAAAGGUUUGCAAAAAGCUUUGAGGGACAAGUACCAUCAGGUUUGUAAUUAUUAGGGAUGCAUUUCCCUGAGAAAAGCUGCACCCGCUUUGCAUCCCAAAGGAAAAGGAAUGAUUUGUGAAGUUUAUGCAGUCACCAGUGAUUCACACUUCAUAGAAACAUUCCAUGUUUCUCUCCAUAAAACAACAGCGAUAGCCGAAUUAAUUGAUUCCCUGAGGCUUUAAACAACACACUGGUGUUAGAACGAGUCUGUCAUCAUCCCCUUGAGCUUUUCAGCCAUUAGCGUAUUGUUCAUGCGACAGACUGUGAGUCACCUUCAGAAAGCUUUAGCAGACAUGGAUAUUUUUAUAUGAUGUGUUUGAAGUUCUGACCUCCUGCUCAUUCUUAUAUACAGAGUUUGUGGCAAUGAGUGUUGUACAGUAUAGUGUGGAUUCAAUUCAUUGCCCAUACAGCACAUACUGUACCUAUAGAACCGUGUGUAAAGUACAGGUCAGUGGCUCUGUUGUAUGUGUGCGUCAUCAUUCAGAGGUUUUUGUUCUCAUGUCUAUUCUGAGCUGCAGUCACGGGUACAAAUGUUCAAUAAAGAGAUGAUUGUGACGAA